CGGCCAUCUCGGCGCAAGCCCAGCGGACCGGUCAGAAACCCAUUUGCGAAAAUAUGACUGCGCCACCGCCGGUUUGCGAUCUCUGCGUUGCGCCGUGAAAAUACGGCCCUGAAUGUGUUCAGCAGAGUGAGGGGUGAAAAGUGAAGAAGAGGGGAGUGGGGAAGUCCCGGCAGAAUAUUUGGCUCCAUUAGUCUCAGAUGUUUUCUGCAGACAUUAUGGCGAAUGAAGUGUCAGCUUCAUCGAUAAAGCACAGGAGAAGCCUUCGGAUGAUUCGACCGAACAUGUCGGAGCUGAGGCUGGUUCUGUUGGGGAACAGCUGGUCUGAGAGGAGCUCAGUGGGAAACUUCAUUCUGAGGAUGAACGCAUUCGACACAGAGGAAGAACUGAAUCAAUGUGUCUGUGUCAGCACGAAGUCCAAGGACAAAAAAAUCUUUCUUAUCAACACCCCAAACCUUCUGCAACCAAACAUCUCUCUGACAGAACAUCUAGAAUGUUGUAUGAGUCUCUCUUCUCCUGGACCUCAUCUGUUCCUUCUGGUUAUUCAGCCUGAAAGCUUCACAGAGGAGAACAGUCAGAGGCUUCAGUCCAUCCUGCAGAACUUUGGUGAGCAGUCAUGGACUCAUUCAGUUUUACUGAUAUCAGGGCCUGAAGAGGAGACGUCACCUCUUGAAGAAAUGUUCCCCUCAUUGGGAGAUUUGUUAAAGAAAUGUAAAGUCAAACUGUCUUGGAAUAAAACCCCCCAACAACAACAAAACCUGUUGACAUGCAUUUGGGAAAUGAUGAAGGAGACCAAAGGAGAGCAUGUGGCACCAGAAGUUUACAGAGAUUCAAGUUCAGAUUUACCUUCAGGACCAAAAGGUUUGAAGAUGGAGAGACCUUCUACCAGCUUCAACCAGGAUCCUCCCGAUGGAAGCAAACAUGGACUCAGGAUCGUGUUGUUCGGAAAAGGUGAUACCAAGAAAAUAUCGCUGGGAAACAUGAUCACUGGGAAACUCUGGGAGGCUAUAUCUUCAUUUUCACGAUUUCAUGGAACAAGAAAGUGUGAGUCUGUCAGUGGAGAGUGGGACAGAAAACCUUUGACAGUGGUGAAAACUCCAGACAUCUUUAAUCUGCCAGUGGAAGCUGUGAGAAAGGAGAUGGAGAGGUGUGUGGAGCUCUGCUCUCCAGGACCAAAUGUUCUGCUGCUGCUUGUGAAACCCUCGGAAUUCACUGAAGAGAACAGAAAAACUCUGAUGUUCAUCCUGAGUCUGUUUGGUCAGGACGUCUUCAAACACUCCAUGGUUGUCCUGACCCAUGAAGGUGAAGGUCGUCACCCCACAGUAGACAGACUCAUCCAGGACUGCCAGCAAAAGGUUCACAGGUUAACUGCUGAAUGGAAGGAUCCUUCUGACCCUUACUUUCAAGAAUUUAUGCAGAAAAUGGAAAAUAUAGUGAACGCCCACAGAGGAGAGUUUCUGGUAGCAGACAAAGAAACAGAUGUUGGAACAGUGACAACAGAACCCAAACCUCCGGUGAACCUGGUGUUGUUUGGUAGAAGAGGAGCUGGAAAGACGUCAGCAGUCAAUGCUAUACUGGGACAAGGAAGGCUCGGGCCAGCUGCCACCUCCUCAGAGUGUGUCAGAAACCAGGGAGGGGUGUGUGGACGGCGGGUCUCUGUGGUGGAGCUGCCUGCUUUGUAUGGAAGACCUCAGGAGGAGGUGAUGGAGGAGGCUCUCAGCUGUGUCUCCCUCUGUGAUUCUGAAGGUGUCCACGCCUUCAUGCUGGUCCUGCCUGUGGGUCCACUCACUGAUGAAGACAAGAGAGAGUUAGAGACCAUCCAGAAGACCUUCAGCUCUUCAGUCAAUGACUUCACCAUGAUUCUGUUCACUGUGGACUCAGAUCCUUCAACUCUCAACUUUCCAAAGGGAAACAAGGAGGCAGAAGAGUUGAUUCAGAGCUGUAGUGGAGAACAUUUUGUUCUCAACAUCAAUGGAAGACAAGAACUUUCAAGGUUGUUUUAUAAUGUCGAUAAAAUGAGAGACAGAAAUGAGGAACACUCCUACACAAUGAAAAUGUUCCAUCAAGCCCAAGUAACAAAGAUCAACCUCCUUCAGUCGGAGCUCAAUGACCUAAAAGCAAAGAGCUCAGGCACCUGUGAUGAGGAGAUACAGAACACAGAGUGUCUCCGGAUUGUUCUUCUGGGGAAGACCGGCAGUGGAAAGAGCUCCUCAGGAAACACCAUCCUGGGAAGGAAGGAGUUUAAAGCUGCACCUGGAGGGAAAUCGGUCACCAAACAUUGUCAGAAAGCAGUGGGUGAAGUGAACAAUCGUGAGAUCGUUGUGGUCGAUACUCCUGGACUGUUUGACGACAGUGAAGAGCUAGUGAAAUGUGUGAGUCUUCUGGCUCCAGGACCACACGUCUUCUUGUUGGUGGUGAGUAUCACCAAUAGAUUCACACCAGAAGAGAAAGAAGCACUGAAUCUCAUCAGGAAAGCAUUUGGAAAAAAUUUUCUGCACUUCACCUUCAUUCUGUUAACGGGUGGUGAUGCACUGGAUGAUGUUUUAAUGUCAGAUGAAGAAUACAUCAGAAAUAAUUGUGAAGAUUCAUUCAAGAGUCUGAUUGCUAACUGCAGAGGAAGAUACCACGUGUUCAACAAUCGCAUACGAAACCCCAAUCAAGUCAGCGAGCUGAUAGCAAAGAUCGAUUCCAUGGUGAAGAAAAACGGAGGGGACUGCUUCACCAACGAGUUGCUGAAAGAAGCUGAGGCAGCGAUAAUGAAAGAAAUGGAAAGGAUUAUGAAGGAGAAGGAAGAAGAGAUGAAGAGAGAGAGGGAGGAACUGGAAAAGAAGCACGAGGAAGAAAUGCAGAAGAUGACGAUGAGAAUGGAGAAACAAAGAGCUGAACAGGAAGAGAAGAGAAAACUGAUAAAAGACCAACUGAAGGAAAAGGAAGAAAACAUCAGAAAGGAGCGAGAGCUGAGAAAGAGAGAACAGGAGAAGAGAGCAGAAGAAGACAGGAUAAAGAAAAGACAGGAUGAAGCUAAAAGACGAGAGUGGGAACAAAAGCUUGAAGAGUUGGAGAAGAAGAAGAUAAAAUGUGAAAGUGCACAAAAAGAAUUCAUUGACAAAAAACUGGUGGAGACUCGAGAGGAGAUGAGGAAGGACCGAGAGAUCUGGGAAAAGAACAGAAAAGAGUGGUGGAAGAAAAAAGAGAAAGAAGAUGAAGAAAUACGACAACAGGAGCAAACAAAACUGUUAAAGCUUCAGGAAGAAUUUGAGCAGGAAAGAGGAAAAUAUGAAAAGAAAAGAAAAGAAGAUGAUAAAAAGAAACAGCAGGAAGAGGAGAGGAAGAGACAAGAAUUAGAAGAAAACUACAAGAACGAAUUGGAGAAUAUGAAGAAGAAAUAUGAAGAGGAGGCCAGAAAACAAGCUGAAGAGUUCAGUGAUUUCAGGAACAUUAAGGAAAUGGAUUUUGCAGCUUUAACAGACAAACACAUGCAGGAAUUGUUUGAACUACAGAAAGAGCAUUCAAAAAGACAACAGGAGCAAAAGAAUGAAAGUGAAGAGAAAGAAAAAAGCCUGAAAAACCACAUGGAUGAACUGCUGGACAAACACAAACAAGAACUGACUGACGUGACUCUUGCCAUCCUGAAGCAACAAAAAGAAAAUCAUGAAAAAAUGAAAAAGCUUCAAACAAAACACAAAGAUGACAUGGAUAAACUCUUGUCUGAUCAGAAGUCCGAUCUGGAUCAAAAGAUGACAGACGAAAUCAAUCGCUUGAAGCAAGUUCAGCAAAAUGAAAUGGAUGCUCUCUUGAAAGAACCUGAAACAGAAAGCAAAGAACAGAGAAGGGCUGAAAUGGCCACCAAGCAUGAGGAAGAAAUGCAAAAUCUGACAACAAAAGUGGAGGCUCAACAAAAACAAACCUGGAGUACAAAAAUAGAUGAACUACAAAAACAACAAGAUGAAGAAAAGACUGAGUUCAGGAAGGAAAUUUUCACUGAGCUGAAAAGAAAAGAGGAAAAAGAAAUUGAGUUCAAGAAACAAUACGAUAAAGACAUUGAAAAACUGAUCCAGAAAAUCACAGAUAGAGACCAUGAUGUGAAAGAGUUGGAGACACUAAAGGAAAAGCAGGAGAAAGAACUUCAGGAACUGAAGAAGAAACUUAAUUCAGAGCGGGGCUGUAAGAUGUCAUGAAGAUGAUCAGAUGGCAGCGAAGAUUCAUGAUUCCUUCCUGCUCAACAUGACCUGGUACGAGGCCAUCAUGUUCUACUUUUCUAGUUUUAUAAUGAAUUGUUAACCUAGAAAUGAUCUGGAAAGACACUGGCCUGAUCCUGAACUUUUGAGUCACUGCUGGAACUGCUGGAAUGUCUAAUAGGAUUAUGUUUCCAUCCAUCCAUCUGUCUAUAAAAGUUCCCUGUAUUCAUUUCCCAAAGAUUUUUAACUGCUUGAAUCUUUCAAUGAAGCACAAAAUCUCUCACAGCUUAUUAAAUGUAAUAUUCAGUGCAAUUUUAUCUUUUCAGACAGAUUGUCAUGUGGUUUUAAAUGUUGAAGAUUUUUUAGGAAAAUCUGUCACUUUUCACUGUUCUUUUCUUUGUGGUUUGCUCCGAUGUAUUUGAAACAUUUGUAUCUGAUGUUUGUUGAUGACAGAGGAGAGUCUGUGUUUAAAUAUUAAUAUUUCUUGUUUUAUUUUAAAGACAGCACUGUAGAGAUGAAAACUGAUUGCCCAGCAGAACAUUUACAACCUGUGCGUGAAGCUACACUCAUGAACUGCUGCAGUUUGUUUGAAUGUGUCAUAUAACACAGUAACUCUAACAGCUGACUACAUGUAGAGUCAUCUCUUAGGGCAGAUUGUUAGUGAGCUUAAACAGGAAGAUUUGCUUCAGAAAUUUUUGUGCUUUAGAAAGAGAAUUUUUCUUCCUCAUUUUUACCAGUUUGAUGGAAAAUGCCUGAACUUUUCUGAAUGAUUAAUGUAAUUCUCCUGGAAAUUUGUUGUGGUAAGUGGGACUUUAAUAAACUCUCUUAACAAACAAUACUGGACUCGAGAUUCAAGAUUCAAGAUUACAGAACCAUUAUUUAUCCCCAAGGGAAAAUUCAGUUUGGAGGUGUUCUGUCUCAUGGCCACGCACCACAAGGCGCACCACACUUGAAGGA